AUGGCGCAAGGUAAACAGAAGUUCAAAGCGCAGCCCGGUGGAGCCAAGAAACCUCAACAAAACAAAAACAAAGGUCCCAGAAAAGGAGGUACGUACAGUGUGAUAUGGUUGAUGUCUUUUAUUCUUGCGAUUUCUCCUGGGCUUCGUAUAUACACUCAAAGUAUUUGCGACCUGUGGCGGCGGACAUGCUGGCUCAAACACGGUUCAGUGAGGAGACAGUUUCUAUAGAAAAACUGCGUGGAAACUAGAUUAUCAGUAAGUAGUACGCGCGCCCCCUCAAAUGGAACUCAUCAUAGCGCAAGUAUUUGAAUUGCAUCGCAUGCCGUUGCAUAUGCAUAACAAGACAAGACAAAUUCAGAAGUUGUCACAAUGUUUAGGCCUACUUACUGGACCUGCUGUCAACUUGUGAAGGAGAUCUGUAGGGCAGCUUAUAGCUAUUUAUAGGAGAUUUGUAAUAGCAUUAUCAGUCACACAAAAGAUUACACAGUGCCUGCCCAUCUAUUCCCUUAAGAACUAGCUAACCUCUUUGAUACCCUUAUGGGCUGUUCCAAAUGGAAACUUGUCUUAACUUCUACAGCACUUGUUACGAAUCCGUUUGGCUUAAGGGGACAAUCUGCAUUUGCUACAUACAUUAUUUGACUUUUAAAGUAAGGAUAUAGCCAUUGAUUCUUGAAGAAUAUAUCUUAUAAAUGCCUCAUGAUGAGCAUAGUUCAACCCAUCAGAACCAUCCCUCAGCUAUUUACCAAAACAGAGGCGGGGUGUUGGCUUUGUUAUUGUUUGCCCACAGUGUGUUUUUGUAGGGGGUCAAUAAAUAUCUACACUGAGGUGUUAUUGUUGGCUACAAAUCUCACCCUCACCUGUUGCUGUUUCACAGGAAGGACGAUUGCACCAAAGAAGGUUAAAGUAGUACAACAACAGCAGUUGAAGAAGGUAAGACACCAGCUAUAGAACAGCCCAUAAUGUCCGUUACAGAAUAAUGAGAGAGUUUCAAAUCUAUCUGUUCAGGCUGGGGGCUACCACUUGUAUACGAUGAGGAAGUGACCGCUCAUUUCACCUUACUUCCAAGAUCCAGUCCCAUACUGUUUUUGAAUGGGCUUCAAGAUUAUAUAAUUAUAUUCACAAAAACGCAGUCAUUUAAGAUAUAUAUUUAUAUGUAUAUAUGUGUGUUUGUGGAUUAACUUAACCUGAUGCCUUUUAAUAAGGAGGAUUUUCAAUAUGGUUUUUGUUCAUUUGGCGCUUAGUCGUAAAAAAAAAAGUUGAAAUGGAAGUGGUCGCACUUUCCCAUUGUGUUCUCGUCUUAGCCCUCUCCUGGGUUGAGGGUCACUUCUACUUCUUCCACCUGGCUACGUCCCGAUUCUGAAUCUGCACCCUUCUCUCCCAGAGUGUGUACUUGCACACUCCUCGUCAUGGAAGGUGGAAACUCCCCUAUGCUUUUCAAUUGAACUCCAUGAUGGGCAGGGUGUAAGUGCACACUUUGGGAGAAGUGUAGAGAAUCCACUACGGUCUGUGUCUGUGGGACAUAGCGUCUGAGACCUCGUGCACUGGGAUACAGUCAGCACUGUCUGCAGAUAGAAUCGUCUCAGAGAACCAGGACCCUGACACCACACAGAGUUGUACUUCGAUGGACAAAAAACGGAGAUCAAUGCAGAUUUAUUUAGACAUGGAGGGCUUAUCUUUCUUUAUUUUCCUGGAUAGUCACCCAUUGAAAUGUCCUGAGGAAAGGAAUGCUUUUUUUUUUAGGCAAUGGGUGUAAGUAAUAUACAAAUGAAUCUGUGUUCCUACGUCUGAGUGUGGCUGUACCCUGAUCCCAUGUCCCCUGCUGUACCCCCCAGGGCCUGGAGGUGGCCAUCAGGAACAAGAUAGAGGAAGAGGUGACCCACAGAGCCAGUACUAAACUCCACAAGAGGCUGAGUAUUGUGAAGGGGGCGGAGGUGAAACCAACCCCCUCUAAAGGAAACAACCAUCCCAACCACCCUGCACCCAGCACCUCCAAAUAA